AUGUGGGAGCAAUUAGAGGAUAAAGGGCUUUUAAAAGGAAUGGACGAAAAACAACAAAAAAACAAAAUAAAGAAUUUAAAAGAUGUGUUUCGUCAAGAACUGGCUAAGAUAGAACGAAGCAAAAAAAGUGGCUGUGGAACAGAGGAUAUUUAUACCCCAAAGCUAACAUGGUUUGAAGCUGGCCAUUUUUUCGCUGAAGUUUUGUCAACAAGGCAUAACUCUACCCAGCACACAAAAUAUAUCUGAAGAAAUCUCAAAUUCUCAAAUUGAACAGCGUGACGAUGAAGAACCCGAUACACAGCUCAAGGAACAAAAUAUGGGAUGGGAACCCCUAAAUCGAAAAAAAGGGUGAGAAAACAGGCAGAUCCAGAAAUUGGCGAUGCAAUCAGUCAGUUGAAUAAAAUAGCUGAAAAUGUAUCAGAAGGAAAACCGUACGACGAAUUUGGAAAGUAUGUAGCUGCAGAGCUGCGUCAAUUACCCCAACGUGAGGCUAUUUUAUUGCAGCAAGAAAUUCAGAAUUCUAUUACACGUGUAAAGCUAAUGUAUUUGGGAAAUGAUAAUCAACUAAAUAAUUACUACAGAGAGCCCCUUCAAGUGCAAACUUUUUCACCGUUAUCCUCCCCCAGUGAUCCCAGCCCUGCCUCAUCAGCAACAUAUGAAGCAAAUAUGCAAAAUGACAAAGAUAGCGUUUAUGGUAACGAUGUUAUUCAUCAAGCACUAUUAAAUACAUUUUCGGGGGCAGAGUUUGAAAUAGUAGAAGAAGUUUCUCAAUGAAAUAGAUUCUAUUUUUCAUAUAAUUAUAAAAAUAUUUUGUUUUAUAAGUAUAAGUACUGUGUUAAAAAUAAAUUGAUACUUAAAUUAUACCCUACCUUUAUAUAUGGCUUUAGGACCUGACAAAUUGCUGCAAGUAAGUCGGGUACAAACAAUGAAAUUGUACAUUCAGGCACUCGAAAUAAAUAUUCUAGUGAUUUGAACGAAUCACCAGUUGCCAAAAAGCCUAGGGUUAUUUCUGGUUUUGUAGCAGUUGGAAUCGCCAUCCUCAUUUUUGUGUCUUUUUUGCGGAUUGUUUUGUCAACCAUUUGUAAUAGUACAUUAAACUGUUCAUUGCUCAUUCUCAAAACAUUCCUAUAUGCCACAGGAUCUUCAUCCUUUAAUUGUCUUAAUAAAAUAUUAAAGCCCCAUGUGUGUCCCGUUUUGAAAUCCAAUUCCUGACCCACAUCCGUCUCGCUUUCCUUUUUUUCUGGUUUAACCGUUCUUGAAGUUUUUUCCGAAUUAAAAGGCUGACAAAAACAAUUCCUACACGCACUAUAUCGGCCAUUUUAUCCAACUAGUCGGGCUUUAGCUUAUUACACAUAGCGUUUUCACUCGUCAGAGAGAAAAAUUGCGAGCGAGUAGCGAGAAAAGUAGGCCGGUGUUCAACUUUACUCGCUGGGAAAAAGCGAGCCGCGAGUUUACUAGCAGCUGC